GCGCCAUGACCAGCACAAGCGCGUCGUCUCCGCUGGCUUUCUUUGGGAGCGGUGGCUCGAGUGCCGCGCUCGCCGUGCCGGCCAACAACGACACGCAGCUGCUCCUGACCCUCGUCACCCGCAUCCGCGAGAAGCUGCCAUGCUAUGCGCAGAACAAGGAAGGCGGGUUGUCGGUCCUGCGGGACAAGGAGCUCGUCGAGAGCAAUCGGCAGGCGCUGAUCAAGUUGAGCGAAUUCAGAAUGUCGCUCAUCGUCACACACAUGUGCAUGCAGAUCGAGCAGAUUGGCAAGCUCCGGUCGGCAAAUCCACACAUGACAGAGGAUGAUGUUGCAUCCAUUGCAGACUCGCAGUUGAUUGUGCUGAAUACAAUCCGGGAAUGCAUGUCGUAUCAUGCAGAGUGCUGGGAAAAGAAGCUUCGGCGUGGCAGCGUGAGCGUAGCAGAGGCACAAACCACCAUAUCGCCAGAUUUUACGGAAAAGCUGGGUAGCCUCGUCUUGUCAAACACAUAUCCGCUCUUGAGCCUGAAGGACUCGCCACGAGCUGCAGAGAUAACAGCAGUCGUCAGCUCCAUCAUUGCCCUUGUGAGCGUAUCGACCUUUUCGGUUAUUUUCAGCCGUAUUGGGCAAAAGACCUCCGUGCUCAAGGUGUCGCAAGAGGACGCUCCCGACCCUGGCGAGCUUGUGCUCAUUGAACACGCCGAUCUCAACCGAGCACGGCUCGUGCAAGUGUUGGAUGACAUUGCCUCAAAGAGUGCCGUCUUCAAGAAAUCGUUGAUCAUCUACCUUGCUGGUGCCCUGCGAACUGCCAUUUGGAAUUGGAUUCAUCGCCACCCGUACGAGUUUGUUGCGCUUUCCAAGUCAGAGCAUCGUCUAUGUGACAAUGUCGAAGUCUUGUUCAACCAGUUCGAUAGCUUGAGCAGCGCUCAGCAAAAGUACCGUGCCGUGACAUAUCCCAUUCAAGCAAUGCUUCUUGUGCUGUGCCCCGACAUUCUGCUAGCUCUAGGAAGCAAGCAAGAUGACAGACUUGAAACCAAGGCGCGAUUCUUGGAAAGCUUGAAAAAGUGCUUGUCGUCGUCCAAGAAUCCAGACUUGGCAGCAGUCCCGUAUGUGGACAUUUGCAAAGCCUCAACGUAUGUUGACAAGACGGACAUUUCAAGUCUGCGCUACUUGAUGCCGUCGAUUGAGCAAGAGUUGAAAACCUUGCUCUUCAACCCAGCCAAGCCCUUUACGACAAGCGAAGGCGAAGUCGACCAGCAACUCAUGGUGGAUUACUUGCUUGCCUACUACCGUGUGAAUCCGCGCACUGUCAUUACGACCAUUUUCGCUGAUUGUUUCAAAGAGGAUUCUCCCGCCAUCUUUAAGCUCGUCUUGGUCAAGACGCUCUAUCAGAUUGCGACGGAGGGCUCCAUGAUGCCCUGGCAUCCCAAGCUCGAGCAAGCGUACCCAGCCAUUUGUGCGCCGCUGCGGAAAAUGUUCCAGGCCUUCAUUUUAAAGACGCGCCACCAUGAGGCAAACCGUCGCACGAUCAAAUCCAAGACCGACAAAAAGGCCAUGGAGGAGUCGGUUGAUGUUGAAAUUUUGCUGCGGGUCAUUCAGCUUUAUCACGCGGAUCCCAAGCUCGCUCUUUAUUACAAUGCACAAACCUCGGGCAACAUCACCAACGACAUUCGCGAGCUGUUGACUGGCCUCACAUCGUGCCUGCAAGACACUGGCAACCCAGAGAUUGUGGACGCAGCAGCCAAGGCUGUCAUGGAGCUUCACAAGCCGGCCAACAUGAGUUUGUGGAACAUUCAGGACGUGAUGGCGUGCUUGUGGGAAGUCAGUUCACACGUCAUUGCCUCCAUGACAUUGCACCUGAUUGGCACCAAGUUCAGCGCCUCCGUGCUCUUUGUGAGCUGGCUUCGCGAGCUGAUCAACUCACGCAAUGCCUUCCUGCGCAAUCAGGCGCGCGAGAGCUCGACGGAGGUUGGGGUGAGCGGUGGCAGCACGACCAUGAAAAUUCGAACAACCGCCAACAUCAAGCUAGAAGUCACCUUCUUGUUGCAUCUUUGGCAUCCAGAUGUCAAUGUGGUUGCAGUCGCUGCGAACGGCUUUGGAAGCCUAUGCGAAGAAAUUGACAUUUUGCAUCCCGAUCUGAACGACCAGGACGACUCCAUCCUGUCACAACCCGGCAUUCCAUCUAUCGUGGCCAAUCUUGAUGUGUAUCGCGAGAUUGCCAGAUCUGGCAAUGUGGGCACCGGACGUGCUGCCCAGCAAAAGCGCAUCCGUGGCCUAUUGCGCCGAUUGAUUUGCCAGACGGAGGGCAACCUGCAGGCUUGGGAGGAAACGAGCAGUCGAUGGACGAAUCUUACCACCCAACUCCGAGACUACCACACGACUGCCGGUGUGGCCGAAAGCACCCCGGACCGCAAGCGCAGCGUGACCUGGAUAAGCAUGUCCAAUCUGAAGCUGUCACUCCAAAAGACCGACGAAGCACCUAUUGCCCAGGAAAAGUCGCUACAGGAGCUGCAGACAGAGUGGGCGCAAAUGACUGGCUUCUUGGUGGCGCUCGGUGGCGUUUGCCUUUAUUCGAACGUGCGAUCGCGCGACUUGAUGGCCAUCGCUCCAGCUGCACCGAUGAUUGAUCUCAAGGUGUUCAAAGACACCAUUUCCCGCACGACAGGGGCGAGUUUGGCCGUCUCCUCUCCCAUCCGCAGCUGUUACCGCUUUGUGAGCGAGCUCAUCUCCCUCCUUGUGGUGGACGGUGACGCCACCAGCUCGUUCAUUCGCGAGACCACGCGAGACAUGAUUGGUCUGGAAAUGACGCCGACCAUGUACCCGAUCUUGUUUGCGCACAUCACGCUGCAAGUCGAGAGCUACUUUGAUCCCAAGAACUCUCAGCCGCGACCCUCCGAUGUGGCCACGCUCUUUAUCGACCAAGCACUCUCCAUUUUGAAGCACGUUCUGGACGGCCGCAAAAACCCGAGCGCAAGUGGCGCCGCCGCCGCAGCUCCCCAGGGCGGGGCCGGACCGGUUGGCCACGGCUCGCGGCCAAGCAUCAGCGGCCCCUCUGCGCCCCAGGUGCCGACCAUUGUCGCAUCGUUCGACAGCAUUGACAUGGAGGGCUUGAUUGGCAUGAUUGUCAAGUAUGUGGCCGCUCUCGCUGCAGGCCAGACGACCCUUCGACUGCGUACAAAGCUCUGCCAAGUCAUCGAGCUGGUCAUGUCCCGUCGCGCGAGCUUGACCUUCAAGCACGAGGCCCUCUUCCGAAACAAGCUGGUCGAGGUGUUGAUUGAGUGGAUCUGGGGCUUUUCCGACAGCUCGACGCGUUCCAACCCGGGCGCGGUGCCCAACUUCCGCAUGAGCCUUUCGGGCGAGAGCGGCCUCGGUGGCGCAGCAAACGCUACCGGAGGGGUUGGUGGAGCCAUCAACGGCACGAAUGCCGGGCCAGUUGCUGCUGCCGCAGCCGCCGCACAACAGGGCGUCGCACCAUCGGUUGCUGGCGGCGCAGGUGGACUCGUGGGCGGCGGCGCGACUGCAGCCAGCAACCCGAGUGGCGCCCAGAUGGCAUCGCCUGGCGCCGGUCCUCCGCUGCUCGAUGACGGCAGCACUGAGCGCUUGUAUCGCGAUCUCGAUGCUGCCUGCAUGCGCACUGUUGUGAGUUUGCUCGCCGGCCUGCCGCUGCUGACCGAUGUGGACGAAGCGGACGCCGCGCAGGCUAAAUCGGCGCUCUUCCUGAAGCACUUUAGCUUCUUUAAGAGCGUGAUGAACUCUUGCCGCGACUUUGAGCUGCAUAGCAAGCGCAACAUGGAUGAGCCCAUUCGCCAGCAUCUCAUCGUCUUCCGGGAGGCGACUGUUCUCGCCAUGUCCAACUUGCUCAACGCGAACGUCGACAGCGGCCUGACGCACUCAAUCACGAUGGGCUACCACGACGACACCAAGACGCGUACAGCAUUCGUGGAGGUGUUGACCAACAUUCUCAAGCAAGGCACCGAGUUUGACGCGCUGGCUGAGACGGCCAAGGCGGAUCAGUACGCCAAGCUCGUCGCCAUUGUGACUGGGGACGACACGGAUUGCUCGAUUGCCUUGUCCCUGUGCUCUGCUGUGCCGCCUGCUCAGGCAGACGAGCUUUUGCGUAUCCUCACGAGCAUUUUUCAGGCUCGCGGUCGCGUCGUUCCCUUCCUUCGUGCCAUGCUCGACGAGGAGGUGCAAGCUGCCGAAAGCGCCGAGACGCUCUUCCGUCGCAACUCGCCAACGACCAAGCUGAUGUCCUACCUGUACACAAUCCACGGCGGUGAAUACAGGAAGAACGUGUUGGCGCCCAACAUUCUCUCCAUGGUUCAAUCGACAGCCUCGUACGAGGUGAAUCCGGACAGUCUGGGCCCAGAACCGAGCGCGGUCAAGAUUUCGGCCAACUUUAACUCGCUCAAGGCCAUGACGCUGACCUUUUUAAACUCCAUCUUGUCGUCUCGAGACUCAUUCCCGCCCUUCCUGCGCAUCCUGAACAGUCUGCUGGCCGAUGCCAUCGUCAAGCGCUUCCCAGAGGCCCGCAUCAAGGGCGUUGGUUCGGCCGUGUUUUUGCGCUUCAUCAACCCGGCCAUGGCGGCCCCACACGUUUACGGCGUGCUGCCCGAGACCGUGACGCUCUCUGAAAACGUCCGACGUGGUCUGACACUCAUCUCGAAGGUGUUGCAAAACCUCGCCAACCAGCUGAGCUUUGUCAAGGAGAGGUACAUGUUUGAGUUCAACCCGUUCGUCCAAAAGAACAUUCCUCAGUGCGUUGCUCUGUUUGAGGACUUGGCCGACGUUUCUCAGGACGCACAGGCCAAGGCCUUCUUUUUGGCGCAAUGCGCUUCGACGCCCUCGCCGCUGUCAUCGUCUUCUGUCAAUUUGUCCAACAAUGCUGCUGCUGCUGCUGGUGCUGCUGCUGGCGCGCGGCCCCAGCCCCCAAAGUCGGUGGCCUCAGUCGCACAACAGGCGCCUACCACCGGCGGCGCGGGAGCGAGUGCCGCGCCCGUCGAGACGUUCGUUUCGGACGAGGAUGUGCAAAUGCUCCACUUUUUCCUGUUCUCGCACUUUGAAUCAGUCCAGCAGGAGCUACUGUCGUCGCGUCGCAGCGGCUCGGUCCGCAAUUCGACCGCACGCAUCUCGAUGGCCGCGCCACCUCCGCCGCUGCUGUCAUCGUCACCGGCGGCCACUCCGGCGAUCGCAGCUGAGGACGGCUUUUCCAAGGCCUCCUUCACCUCACUUGGCGCUUCGGCUGCCACCGCCAUGGCUUUCUCGAGUUCGCGACACCGAGCCGUGUUUGACAAGCUCAAAGCAGCCAUGUCGCAGCUCGGCGCCCCGCCGGAAACGGCCAGCAAGAAGCCGCUUCAGCCGAGCACGUCAAGUCUCAACCAGGACAACGCGGCUCACGUCGAGUUUAUGCGCAAGUUUGCCAAAGUCAAGUCUGGCGACGCCCCACGCCACAAGCACGUCUUCUUCCAGGCGGGCGUGUCGAGCAGCAAAAUGCCCGUCUUUUACUUUAUUGCGCGUCGUCUUCAGCCCGAGCUCAUGGACAUGGAAAUGCUCAUGUACCACGUGCUGUCGACCAUGCGUGGCGUUGCAGACAGCAAGCCCUUUGACAUUGUGUGCGACAUGACCAUGUUUGGACGCGAGAACGAGCCGUCGUUGGACCAAAUCCACCGCUUUGUCUCUGUGCUGCAUCCCAAGACGCUCGAGCUGCUGCACAAUGUCUUUUUCUACAACUGCAACUCGUACUUUAAGAAGGUGGCCAAGCGGUACUUCCGCCUCGUGCUGCCGACCAAGCAGCACAAAAAGUUUGUCUUUGUCGACCACAUUUCCGAGUUUGGUGGCUACUUUGCCUCAGAUUUGCACUUGCCCACCUCCACCACCGCGCUCGACGAGAAUCUCAAGGUCUUUAGCAACGCAACCACGUCGGCCGAGUCACACACGGUCCACGUCAAAAUACACUCGGAGCACCUGAUCUUGUCCUCGGUGAACACGCGUAAAAUCUUUGGCGUGGCGACAACCAUUACAGACAUUUUCCCAGUGAGCGAAAUUGAGGAAGCGGUGCUUCGCAAGGACGUGCCCAACACUGUUGUCAUCCGCCACGAUCACGGCGCGGGCAGCAUGACCGUCACCCACGCCGAGGCGGACAAGAUUGCUCAGGCGAUCAAGGCCAUGAUUGUGCGCUGGCGCAUGUCUCGGCCCGAACACCAGCGCCUGUCCGAGCGCAAGCUCCGUCCGAACGACGUUCCCGGCACCAUGCUCAACAUGGCCCUGCUCAACUUGGGCAGCGCCGAUCCCGCGUUGCGUCUUGCGGCGUACAACAUGCUCUGCGCCGCCACAUUUACCUUCAACUUUGACAUUGAAGGACAGCUGCUCGAGGCGAAGGGUUUGUGCAUUCCAGCCAACAACACGAGCUUUAUCAUUGCCAUCAGUGAGAAGAUGGCUGUCAACGCGCCCCACCUGACACUCGAGUUUUUGAGCGAAUGCGUCGUCGGGUUUUCGCGAUCGUCCACUGAGCUCAAGCACUUGUGCCUCGAGUACAUGGCGCCCUGGCUGCCAAACCUGGCCGCAUUUGCCGUGCAGGACGAGGACAACCCCGGCCGGCUGAAAAAGACGCGCAACCUGAUCAACUCGCUGCUCGAGCUGACAGUGAAUGAGCGCGAAAUGUACCCGUCCAUCCAGGCCAAGGUGUGGCAUCCGAUUGCCCAGAUUUCGUCCAUGUCCGACUUUGUGAUUGACGCGUUUGUCCUGCGCGCCAUCGCUGACGGUCUUGGCUCCUUGCGCGCCGAGGUGAUUGCCGACACGGCCGUGACGUUGGCGUCCGCCAACAUGGAUUUGAUUGCGGGAAAGCUGGUGAAGCGCCUGCGCACUGUGAUUGACGAGACGUCGGCCAAACCGGUGGCCGAUCUGGACGAGCACAUGCUUUGGCCUGAGAUUGCCAUCUUGUCGCGCUUCCUGCUCAUGCUCUCGUUCAACAAUCGCUUGAACGUCACAAAGACGCUGCCCGAGCUUUUGCACAUUGUGUCGAUGAUUUCUGCCACGGGGCCCGUUCUCCUGCGCGCCACGAUUCUCGGCCUGCUCAUCAACAUUGUCCAGUCGUUGUGCACAUCACUGCCAUUGUCCAACACCAAGCUGCGCGCUUUGCGUCAGAUUCUCACGGAACUGUCGCUGCCCAAGGUCCACUUGCUGUUUGGCAUCAGUGCCGCAGCAAACGUUGCCGCGGCUGCAUUCGAUCCUCACUCGAUCGGCAGCAUGGCAGACACACUGGCGCUCUCAUCGAUCGAAGCCAUUGCCUCCAUCUUGUUUGAUAUUUCCGUGAUUGUGGACGAAGAUUUGGAGCGCAUGGAGGGAGCCUCCCGCAAAGCGUCGUCGACGCCGGGCGGGCAACACGUUCCUCGCUCGCUCUUGUUGAUCGAGCCCCCAUCUGUGAUUGACACAUCCGCCACCACGGACGCCCCUCCUGCCAACGCGGCCGACGACGACGACGAGCCGCUGUACGAGAAUUUGAGCACCAUGCGUCUCGUGCUGGGCGUGCCUGCUGGCGCCGAGCCUGCGACGGCCGGCGAACUUUCCCUGUCAACCACAGGCACGCUGCACGCCAGCUCGACGACGAAUCUGCUUGCCACUUCUCCAAGCCAGCACAUGCGCGGCAGCAACAUGUCGCUCAAUGCCGCGCUUUCCAACGGCGCCUCAUCGUCUCCCCUCGGUGGCUCGUCGACCAAUCUGUCCGCCACUCGCCUGCAGAAGCUCUGGAUUGAGUUUGCCACCAAGGCCGCCUUCACUCCCAACCCUGCGCUGCAGCGUCGGGCCUUUGUCACGCUCGGCGUCGUCUGUCAAGCGUUUGAUCCGUCGCUGAUUGAGCAGACCUUGAAGGCGCUCGAGACUGCCCUGGCUGCUGGCCCUGAGCACGACCAGCUGGUUGGCUCCAUUCUUGUCUCGUUGACGCGCGCCACCGUCGUUCUGCCUCGCAACUCGCCUCUGCUCAAGCAUCUCGUGUGGCUGGCUGUGUCGUUGCUGCAGAUCGGACAGCCCAGUGUCUUCCCCUCCGCGUUGUCGUUGCUUGGCGUGUGCUUGCGGGCUCUCCACGCGCAGGGGGCGUUUGAUGGCGGUGCCACAAUGCAGAGCGUGCUGAUGGCUGCACGGACGCCUUUCGAAUCUGUGUGCACAGACAUUGACCGGCAGGCGCUGGUGUCGUUCACGGCGUCGUUCGAGUUUGCACUGACAGCCAACAUUAUCAAGGGCUACCGGCAUGAGCUGCCAUCGACCAAAGCGCUCUGCUUGCGAACACUGGGCACGCUGAUUGAUGUGGCAGGCUCAAAAACACCGCGAGGCGAGAUUGAAGUUUCCAGCAGCAUUCUCUCGUACAUUGUUGCCGUGCUCCCGUUCACUGAAGAUCUCAUGUAUCUCAUGAAUCCGCGAGACUCGCCGGAUGGCCGCUUUGGCCAGCUGCUCAAUCGUGCUCUGCUUGUCGACAGCACAAUGGGCACGCUCUUCUUUUCCCUCAUCAUCACGCUGCUGGCCUAUGCCGAAAAUGACACCCAGCGUCUUUUCAUCUACCAGUUCCUCACUGACGCUGCUGCCUGCAUGCCGGACUUGUUUGCGAUUGUGAGCGAGGGCGUCAUGCAGCGAAUUGACACUGAUUUGACCAACUGCCAAGACUUUGAGCUGAUGGUGGUGAUUCAAACACUUGUGAGUGAGAUUGUGCGAUUCAACUCGACCCAGCAGCGCCCUGCGUCGCCAGCCAUCCCAAUUGCUGUGACAUCCGGGACCACCACGACCGCCGCGCUCCGCGCCCAACACAAGAGCCGUCGAACCACCUUCCUCGCCGAUGUCAAUUUUGUCGGCAUCAUGCAGUCUGGCUUGUUUGAGCGCACCCUUUCGCCCGAACAAGCCAAGGCGUCUGCGACUUUGUGUGCAAAGCUUGCGUCAUUAAUUCUUGAGCAACAGAGCGACUCGCAUGCAUGAGCAUGUUUUUGAUUUUGUGCGGUGUUUGGUUUUGUUGAUUGUUUGUUCAGAAGUUUUCGUGUUCAGAGUUGUUGUUGUGUUUUGUGUUUUGUCUCAUUUUAAGCUCCUUCUUGCCAACCCAUUUCCUGUCCAAUCAAAG